CCCGCGCGGCGCCCGCCACCGAGCGACAUGCCCAACCCCAAGAGCAGCAAAGGCGGCCGUAAGAACAAGCGCGCCAACAGCAGCGGCGACGAGCAGGAAAAUGGAGCCGGGGCCCUGGCGGCGGCGGCGGCGGGCGGAGGAGCGGCCCUGGCGGCGGGCGCCGGAGGAGCAGGCGGAGGAGCGGCGGCGGCCCUGGCGGCGGCCGGCGCCGGAGGAGGAGGAGGAGGAGCGGCGGCGGCUCCCGGCUCGGCGGGCUCCGGGCCAGCGGUGGGCUCCGGAGGUUCGGGCACGGGCGCCGCCAACGCCGUCCACGCCGCGGGCGACGCCAAGAACGAAGCUCCCUGUGCCACACCCCUGAUCUGCAGCUUGGGGCGGCCUGUGGACCUGGACAAGGACGACUACCAGAAGGUGGUGUGCAACAACGAGCACUGCCCGUGCAGCUCCUGGAUGCACCUGCAGUGCUUCUACGAGUGGGAGAGCAGCAUCCUGGCGCAGUUCACGUGCAUCGGCCGGGCCCGCAGCUGGAACGAGAAGCAGUGCCGUCAGAACAUGUGGACCAAGAAGGGCUACGACCUGGCCUUCCGCUUCUGCUCCUGCCGCUGCGGGCAGGGCCACCUGAAGAAAGACACAGACUGGUACCAGGUGAAGCGGAUGCAGGAUGAGAAGAAGAAGAAGUCUGGGUCAGAGAAAAACACUGGGAGGCCCCCAGGAGAAACAGGGGAGGAGGCAAAGAAAUGCAGACCCCAAAACAAGUCCCAGAAGGGCUUGAGCCAUGACCUCCCACGUCGGCAUUCCAUGGACCGGCAGAAUUCCCAGGAAAAGGCAGCCAGUGCUGCGGCCUAUGGUGCCCGCUCCCCUUGUGGCUCGCCUGGUCAGUCCCCACCCACUGGCUAUGCCAUCCUCUCCCCUGCCCACUUCAGUGGUCCCCGCUCCUCCAGAUACCUGGGGGAAUUCUUAAAGAAUGCCAUUCAUCUUGAGCCUCACAAAAAGGCCGUGGCCAGUAGUCAUGUGUUCAGAAAUGCCCACUUUGAUUACGGUCCGGCUGGGUUAGCCGUGCACAGGGGUGGUCACUUUGACACGCCUGUGCAGUUCCUGAGGCGGCUGGACCUCUCUGAGCUCCUCACUCACAUCCCCAGGCAUAAGCUGAACACUUUCCAUGUGCGGAUGGAAGAUGAUGCCCAGGUGGGCCAGGGUGAGGAUCUGCGGAAGUUCAUCCUUGCAGCCCUCAGUGCCAGCCACAGAAAUGUUGUAAACUGUGCUUUGUGCCACCGAACACUCCCGGUCUUUGAACAGUUCCCACUGGUGGAUGGAACUCUGUUCUUAAGCCCAUCAAGACAUGAUGAGAUCGAAUAUGAUGUUCCUUGUCACCUUCAAGGGAGACUCAUGCAUCUGUACGCGGUGUGUGUGGACUGCCUGGAAGGUGUCCACAAGAUCAUCUGCAUCAAGUGCAAGUCACGCUGGGAUGGCAGCUGGCACCAGCUGGGCACCAUGUACACCUACGACAUCUUGGCUGCCUCUCCCUGCUGUCAGGCCCGCCUGAACUGCAAGCACUGUGGCAAGCCUGUGAUCGACGUGCGGGUCGGGAUGCAGUACUUCUCCGAGUACAGCAACGUCCAGCAGUGUCCACACUGUGGGAACCUGGACUACCAUUUUGUGAAGCCAUUCUCCUCCUUCAAAGUUCUCGAAGCCUAUUGAUGAAAGCUUUGCUUUAGUAAUAGCUAUUUUAUUGAUAUGAUCCCUUUAUUACAUAUCUUUUAUAGAGAAACAUUCUGUGACAUUGAUUUCUUUUCUAAUUUAAAGCAGAGUUUACUUUGUAUAUUUGUGCCACUAAACUGGGGGCUGCCUCUUGCCCUGUCUUGAUCUCCAGUGUUGGUUUGUGGUCAGAAUGGGAGCCCAGAUGGGUAAUUGGGUGGCUCUGGGGUGGAUUCACUCUCGCCUGGAAUCUCUGUCGUGGCUCUAAGGUAGUGAGGCAAUGGUUGGGAUUUAGGUGAGAGAUUCCAUGGCUAUAAACUAAAGGUAUGGUAGGAGUUGGGAGGAAGCUGUUACUAAAAUGGUAACUUUCUAAAGACCCACUUUUAGAACUUGUGUGGGCCUUGGGAAGAAUAUGUGACAAGUGAAUGUAAAGUCGGAGCCAGGAGAGCUAGCAGUGAACUGGGCUGUCGCGGCUCAGUGUUGCGCACACAGUGAGGUGCAAGUUACUUCCACUGACAGGUGAUGUGAGAGUGGACACGAGUGCUCUUUCUUUCACUGUUGUAAUUUGACACUCAGUUUUCUACUGGAAGUCAUAGUCCAAUUAUAAGACAUACGAAAGCUAUUGGUGGUGCAGAUAAUUUUGGGUAAGCUGGCUGUAACAAAAUAUGUGGAGUGAAUGUGAAAAUAGCGCACGGAAUUGUGUCUCUGAAAUUGGUCAAAUAACUCUUCACAGAGAAUCCACGCAUAGUGUGAUUUGGGGAGGGAUUAUUUACACAGACUGCACUGUUGAAGUGCCGCUUGGUAUCAAAUCCAUUUUCUAGGUAAAUCUCAACAGCCAUAGAACGUAAUGGGUGAGUUCAGAACCAGUCAUGCCACUCCUAUCUUCCCCAUCAUACCUUAUUGCUACAGUUAACUCAUUUGAUCUGAGCUUCCAAAAUCCAAGAGCUGACCUGAAGACAGAAAGGAAAAAUUGUGUGAGAGAAUGAUUAAGAAAACAAUAUUUUUCAUACUUCUUUUUAAAGUAUGUUUCAUUUUGGAUAAUCCCUACUUGUAAUGCAAAUAGUAUACUAGAAAAAUAAAUGAUUCUAAAGAUCCCCAGGAUAUGUUACCAUUGGUGAAUAAAAGGAUCAGAUAUAGAGCUCGACUCUUCAGAGCAUCAGGCAUUUCAAAAUCUGCUCCUGCUCACUAGAUCCUGGGGACUUAAGUCUGGGCAUUGUGUAUUGGAGACUUAUAAUUGGAAUAUGAUUUCCGUGAAUGAGUUUGGUAAUUUCAAAAUGACAUAUAAAUGCUUACUGAAAGAGUACUCAAUCAUUUCAUGAGUAGGCAAAUCGGGGAUGCUGUGAAUAUUGUACAGUACUUGGUUUAUGUCCCCUUUCCUCUCAAGAUGAUUGUUCCCUGCACAAUCUCUUUAAGCAUUAUGGCAGAUAAGCUCAAGUUUUACAUUAAGUAGUUGAUGCUUUGUAUGGAGCAAACGUAUCAAAGUACCACUGUAUCAGUUAAGAUUCCUCCUUUCAGUUUGGAUGAUGAUUGUCUGGCUUAGUGCAUCUGGCGUGGUGUUUGAUGACGUGAGACAUUUUUCCAGUGGGAGGAGGAUGCUCAGAUUGCCUCUAGAGCAGAAAGUCAUUUUUGUUCAGUGUGUGAUGCCACUACAGGAGAGGUCUGUAGGACAUGCCCUUGCAGCCGUAACUCAGUUAGUUCUUCCCCCUCGAGUCUCUGUGGACCCAAGUAUAAAAUUGGUAAUUUCUCUUGUCUGCAGAUUUAUCUUAAAUUUUGUUUUGGCUUUAAGAUAAAUAGUAAGAUAUUUGUAAUGCUAUUUUUUAACCCACCUAUACUUUUAUAGUGAAUCUGCUUUAUUAUGUCCUGAAGUCAGCCGAUUGCAUUCUCUAAAUUCUUUAAUCAAAGAAUGCUAUGGGUAUAGUGAUGCUGCAUUCCAUGUGUUCCCCUUAGGUUGCUGUCCAGCCCUGAAAAGUAAGUACAAAGGGGUUUCACUGUGAUUUGGGUGUUGUUAUCUUGAUGAUAAAGUAAGGACUCCUUAGAUGGAUGCAGCCACGUAAACAGAGAAGCCCACGUUCCAUACUGUCCUUUGCCAGGCCAUUACAUUUUUGCCUGACAGGAAAAUUGUGCAUGAUUUGAGAAUGAGAUAGAAGUGCAGAGGCAGUACUAGUAAGGUUAAUAGUUUGGAAGUCUGCUGACCUUAAUGUUUUCUCCAAAUCUUCCCUGAGCACUUUGGUCAGAAUUGGAAUAUGUCAAGAAAGGUGAUAGUUUUUAUUGUAGUUAUAAUAUUUGAGGAUCUCAGCCACCCCAGAGAUCCAGUUUCUGCUUUUCUGGUGAAUGGGGUGUUCAACAACACGAGGGAGUUAAAAGUGGCUAAUAAUUUCAAAGUGUUUUUUUAAUCUACUCUUAACAUUUAAAUCAUUUAUUUUUAAAAACUUCAAUACCUCAAGCAAAUAAAACUCUGCCUCAGUAUAAAAAGAAGCAUUUCUGAUCAUUUUAUCUUCAGGCCAACUCAGCUUUUCAUUGUUUUAAAAGAUAGACAUUAUGCCCAUUCUAGUUAUAUACCAGCUUCCUCAAAUGCCCUUUAAUUUCCAGUUUCUGCAAAAGGAGUUUAUUUCUUUCUGUAUAAAAAGCAUUUUCAUAUCUGUUGGGGUAAAAUUAAUUCAUUGAGAAAGAAUAUUUUAUAUGUUUAAAUGCUAAAACUGAGUUAUUAGACUAACUUGCUGAAAUCUCCGUGUCGGCAAGACCAGGGCUUGCUGUUCAGUCUGCUCCGUGGCCAGGCUGCUAGCCCCGGUUUGCUUCUCUGUUUAGCAGUGUUGAGUAGUAGUUGGAGGCGGCAGAAGAUGUGAGGAGAAAGCACUUUGGUUUAGUGUUUCAGGUCUUACAACAGGAUGCUGCCCGGCGCUGUUCAUCUCCACAUCCUGUUGACUUGAUUAUUCUCCCAGUAACUGAAAGCAAAUGGAAUGGAUGGGCACCAUUAAAAACCAGCUAGAAAAUACAUUGUUGUCUAUAAAGUUUUCUUGUCAAGAUGUCUUGGAUUGCACUUUUGUUGAGGGAAGACAGUGUACAUAGUUGAAGAAUGUUUGUAAAAUUGAAAUGUUUGGGUUGGAAAUUGUGUGAUGUUAGAUGGUUUCUGUUUGUGAAAUGUAUGUAGUAAAAUAAUAAAACUUUAGAAAUUAA